CAUGAUGGAAAGAAAGUUUCUUUGGUUGUCCUCGCAGAAAAAUCUUCUUUUGAUUGGGAGUUCUCAAAUGCCACGAGUGAUGAUGGCUGCAUCCAGCCUGCGGUUCUGGAAUGGGAGGACGGCGAUCUCGUCAUGAUGACGUCGUGUGAGGACGGCAGCCGCAGGGUUUACUGGUCAAGCGCCAUGGGGAGAUGGUGGAUGGAGGAAUACGGCACUCUUUCACGCGUGUGGGGCAAUUCGCUGAAUCGUACAGGGCACGGCGUGCAGGGUGGCUUUGUCAGCGCGAGGAUCGAUGGACAGAGAGUCAUCCUCGUCAACCGGCCGGCAUAUUUCGGGGAGGCGGGAAAAGAAACGGGCCGACUUCACUUGUGGCUGACGGACAUGCAGCGCAUUUAUGAUGUUGGGCCGAUAUCCGCUGAAAAUGAGAACGUCGCCGCCAGCACUCUGCUGUACGCCGCUGACGAAGUGCCGUCAUUGGAGGAGGGAGAAUCGAAGGAAGUAGAGGGAAGACUGUACUGCUCUUACGAGGUUGCUGCUGCAGAGGACGGUAAGUACAACAUUGCUUUUCUGGACUUGACGGAGAAAUUGGAGGACGUGAAGAAGGUGUUGGCUGCUUGGAAGGAGAAGGACGCGUACAUUGUGAAGGAAUACGGCUGCACGGUCGAAAGCAAUGGUAAGAAGCGCCGGGAAUUUGGUGUUGUUGGUGACCUCACGAAAGGGCUGGUUGGCUUCUUAUCCAGCACGUCAACUGACAGCACGUGGAGGGACGAGUACCUCGGGGUGAACGCCACAACAACGAAAGUAACGAGAGGAAAAGUGACCAGCACGGAGAAGGGCGUGAAGUUCCAGGGAGCGUGGGCGGAGUGGCCUGUUGGCAGUCAAGGGCAGAAUGUGCCGUACCAUUUUGCGAACCACAAGUUCACUCUUGUGGCGACGGUGUCCAUCGACGGUGAGCCGAAGGGAGAUACCCCCAUUCCAUUGUUGGGUGUGAAGCUGAGUGAAACCGACAGCCCGCUGUUUUUUGGUCUUUCGUACACCCACGACAAAAAGUGGAUGGUGGCAUUCAACGGCAGUUUUAAGGCACCGUCGCAUGAUGACGAUGUCGAAUGGAAACCAAACACGAAAUAUCAUGUGGCACUGCAUAUGGAUUCUGAUGAUGGGUUGAUGGUGUACGUGGAUGGAGAGACGAUAUACGACAGCGAAGAUGAGGUCUAUGGACACGAGGACGAUGAGGAUUAUGAGAGCUUUCCUCAAAAGUUAAAAACGCUGUUGAGGCCCCACGGCAUCUCGCACUUCUACAUUGGCGGGGACGGCAAAAGCGAAUCGGGCAACAUUGAUGUGACGGUGAGCAACGUCCUGCUGUACAACCGCGCAUUGAAAGAUGAUGAACUUAAAGCGCUAACGAAGGCGGACGCUGUUGGCACUCCAGAGGCGAAUGUUCCGUCUUUGAAGGGUGCGCCUCAAAGCACUCAUGCGAGUGAAACUCUUAUUCAACCUGACAGUGAGACUUCUGUCAUAAAAGAAGUGAAGCAAGACGCCACGUCAUCACAGCAGAGACAAGACGCACCAGAUCGGCCACCAGAAGAGAAAAAUAAAAAGGCCGCUGCUUCGGUCACGUAUUCUGACAGCCAUGCCGUGGCCGACACAAAGAGGAGGGAGGAGCAGAUGGAGAAAGCGGCAACCGAUGUUGAUGACCUGCCGCCCCCCUUGUCUCCAGCACCGGAGGCAGCCAACGGCCACAAAUCACCCGAUGCCGAGGAUGCUCUCGGCGUGGAGCACCCUGAACAGGAGGAAGAGUCGUUGCUGCCCAUCGUGGCUGGAUCGACGGUGGAUGAGACGAGUGAAACGGAUGAGGCCAUUCUGCAGAGUCGAACCUCUGACGAUCCGGCGCAGCAAACCACUUUACCUCUUGUUUCAGAGGGCGUGGACGACGAGCCGUCUUCUCUCUCCACGUCCACCAGCAAUCAACGCAGCGACCGCGAAGAGACGGAGGCGCACUCCCAUGCUGCCGUGGGCACGAACAGCGGCCCCGACUCAUCCAACACCACUGAAGUGACGACUGCGGAUGUUACAACAGCCACCAUUGAGCCCAACAGCGAUCCAACAACUGUUCAACGCGAAGAUGACGUGCCGGAUUACGUUGGUGCUGCACCGAAUCAUCCGAGCACAGAGCCUGGGGAAAGAGAUAUCCAAUCGGAGUCCAACGCAGCGCCGCUCUUGGGCAAUGACCUUUUUGAUGUGGAGAAUAUCACCGACUUGUUUUGUGUGGGUGUGAAGGGUGACAGCACCGUGCAGGGUUGUGUGUCUCGGGUGCUAUUAUUGCUGCUGCUUCUGGGGCUGUGGGGCACUGUGGCUCUCUGCUGA